AUGGCCGCCCACCGACCACUAAAGAAAGCAACCAAAAUCACCCAGGAGCACCCUCAUCCUCUAGUAGCCUUAGACCGGCUCUGCUCGGCUUUCUGCAGGAUACUGUGUGACAGGGGAGUGCCCUACCCUCAUGCAGCACGGGUGGUAGCCUCGUGGGUUCGUCCGGAGACCCGCCGACGCCGAUAUGGAGACCCACUGCGGUCCUUCAGGGAGGCAGCCCGGCCACACAGGCAUCGACCCACAACAGGGCGAGAAGCGAACCUCUCAGGCCCGGGCACACUCACCCACCUCCACAAACAGGGUAAGGUGAGAGAUGGGUACCCCCAAGGCCCCAGCAACACGCCAAAACACAAUUCCACAGAACACCAAGCUCCCACGUGGCGACCCAGGGCUGCAACAGAGCGGCGCGCCGAGGCAAGGGCAACAGACACGCCACACCAAGCCACUGGGGGAACCGGACUUGCGGAAGCCGUACAGACACUUCAGACACCAAGCGCUUCCCUGCCCAGUAGUGGAAUCGGCUGA